AUGUGUGGUAUUUACAAAAAUCUUCAAGCAUUUUUAUUAUAUUUAAAAGAAACUAAUGAUAUCAAUGCAUGUUUUGUAUUUUCUCCUGGUUUUCAUAUCCAAUAUCUUUGUGAAUAUCUUCAUUCGAAAGGUGCAAAUAUUAAUCAUGUGUAUUCUAGUACAGAUAAUUACACAGCACUUUAUGUUGCAGCUCAUGAAAGACAGAAUGAAAUUGCAAAAUAUCUGAUUACCCAAGGAAUUGAUAUUGAAAAAAUUAACAAUCGAUAUGGAUCUGUAUUUAAUGUCGCUGUAAUUUCAAAUAACACAGAAUUGGUGGAGUUACUUAAUUCACGAUGGGCACUUAUUGAAUCCAAAAGAAAAAUUACCGAUUUAACAAACCUUCAUAUUGCAGUCCUAAAUGAAAAUAAAAGAGUUGUGGAAAUUCUGAUUUCGCGAGGUGCAAAAAUAAAUGACAAUAGGAAUAUGUAUCAUAUCACCCCUCUAAGUCUUGCAUCACUAUUAAAUUAUAAAGAAAUUGCUCAACUUCUUAUUUCACAUAAUGCAAGUAUCAGCUUUACAGACAUUGAUGGAAAUAAUGCUAUUAAUUUUGCAUUAAUGUAUAAUUCUGAAAAAAUCAAGGAAAAAAUUAUUACUGAUUCAGGUGAAAUUUUCAAAUUAUAUGGUCAAAAUUCUGAAAGUAACAAAGAUAUGAUUGAAUUUCUGAUUUCAAAAGGUGCAAAUGUCAAUGAAAAAAAUUCACAUGGUAAUACACCUCUUCAUAUUGCAGCAUUAUUAUAUAAUAAAGAAAACGCCGAAGUAUUAAUUUCUCAUGGUGCAGAAAUCAAUUGUUUAAAUAAAAAACGACAGACUCCUCUUGAUAUUGCAAUUAUGCGUUAUAAGAGAGAAAAUGAAGCCUUUAUGAAAAAUAAUGAAUUUCAAAUGAAUUCUAUUCUAGAAAAUAACCGAGGAUUAAUUGAUUCUUUUCAUGAGGAAUCCGAAAUGGAAUCUCUCUUAAAAUCACAUGGUGGCAAAACUAACCCAAACAGUAAUUUCAUUGAUGAAGAUGAUGAUAUUUUGUAUGAAUAUAUCAUCAAGGAGCACCACAAUUUGUACAACGAUUUAGCAAUGGUUUCUUAUUUGACACUUGCGUACUUGAUUUUGAAGCACUUAGAUGAAAAAUUUAAUAAUCUAUACUUUUCGAUGUUUUGCAACAUAAUGGAAUGGAUACUCACAGGAAUUAUUUGCGUUCAUUUAUUCUACUUUUUCAAAGCACUCCUCAAAUAG